UAGCCACCUUUCAGAGAGCUUGAGCGUUUUGACCACUGCCCCAUCAAUGGCACCGUCCAGCGAUGUCACCAAGUUCCAGUCCAUCUUGCAAAAGAGUCGCCACAUCAUUGCCAUCGCCGGUGCAGGCUUAUCCGCAGCGUCUGGCAUCCCCACCUUCCGUGGCUCUGACGGGUUAUGGUUAAACUACACACUGUCGGACUUGGCGACACCACGAGCUUUCCGGAAAAACCCAAGCAAAGUGUGGCAAUUUUAUCAUUAUCGCAGAGAGAUAGCGGGGAAAGCGCUCCCAAAUCCUGCUCACAUCGCGCUGGCACUGUUUUCGCAACCAGACCAAAGGAAAGAGAUCGCCCCCGACGCAGAGUUUACACUCAUCACACAAAAUGUUGAUGGGCUCAGCGUCCUCUGUUCCCAAAUGCUAUUCCCUUCGACAGACCCUCCAAUAAUAGAAAUGCACGGCCGCCUGUUCGAAACACUCUGCACGCAAUGUGGCGACAGGAUGCCAAAUCGCGACAGCCCAAUUUGCCCUGCCCUCGCUGGGACCGAGGAACUAGUCAAAUCGCACGCUAAAGAACGCCAAAUUUCCUUAGAGGAUUUACCGCGAUGCCCAAAGUGCCGAGGUCUACUUCGUCCAGGGGUGGUUUGGUUCGAGGAAAGCAUCCUCCAUGACGAAGAGAUAUCCGAGCUCGUGGACCAAGCCGAUGUAGCCCUCGUCAUCGGCACAUCCUCCCGAGUUGCUCCUGCGAAUUUAUUCGCUCACAGUGUAGCCGAACGCAAGGGUACUGUUGCCGUUUUUAACACUGAACCUCAAGGAAUCGGAUCCGCACACUUUUACUUUCCAGGCCCAUGCGAGCAGACAUUACCCAGAGUCCUUCUCGGGAAGGAGCCCGACAAGAUGAAUGGCAUAUUGCAACAAGAUUAGGACAUGAGGAUCGUGGUAUAUAUGCAUUCUAGUCGUCAAACUUGAUGCUAUGGUUCUCUAACUGAAUGAAAGUGUACACAUGUCAAAUUAUCGCGAUCAAAGGCGUGGUACUUACAGUGAUCUCCCCGCCACGAUAUGAACCUCUCUUCUUCUUGUUCUUUUCUUUCCUAAACCCAGACCCACGGGUAACUAUCAGGUCUUGAUGUGCGCGCUCGCCGUAGUCAUUCUUUGGCCUCGCUUUCGCUUCGUACCCGUUGUCC